AUUAAAAUAUACAUGUCUAUGUUUAAAACAUAACAAACAGCUUUUUUUAAUUAUUUUAAAAACUGGUGUAAGUUAAAAUCUGUUAAAAUAAUUAACUGUUGGAAUCGAGCUUUCGUUUAGCAUUAAAGUAAAACGUAACGCCUACUGACAUUUGACAAUCUUACAAAAAUUUAAAAGUUUAACAGCUUUCGGAAGUGAAAUAUAAUAUUGUUUUUAUAUUUUAAUAAUUUGAAUAUGGAUAUUGAAGCGUCUAAAGGUAAACCCUUAUCAAAGGACGAGACGAAAGCGUUGCUUGCCUUCAUUGCGAAGAGCAAAAUAAUUAAUAACAAGACCACCAAUGCUACUAACAACAAGCUAAAAAUUGAGGAGUGGAAAUGUAUAACCGAAAAAUUUAACGCCACAGUAGCCAUAACUCGGCGUACCCCGCAGCAAUUAAGACUAAAGUGGGAAAAUUUGAAAAAAAAUUCUCGCAAGCGAAGCACUAAAAUCAGGAUGAAUCACAUCAAGACAGGAGGUGGAGCACCGGACUACAUACCCCCAGAUGAGAUCCUUGACCACGUGUCCUCUUUAUUAGGAAGUACUGUGAAUGGGUUUACAGUCGAGUUUGGGGGUGAUGCAGAACCGGCUGAGUUCUGGGGUGAUGCAGAAUCAGCUGAGGUCAUCAGUGACACUGCUUUGCAUGAACUUAAUAAGGUUGUGGGAAUUGAGGGUUGUCCGGUAGAGGUGCCAGCUUUCUCAAUAGAUAGUCAUUCUACAAUGUCUAUACCUAAUGAUGUGGUGAUGGAACCAAUAGUGGUUGUAGAUAAUGGUGGUGCGAGUACACUAGCUCAUACUCCAAAUAAAUCAAAGAGAUUUACAUUUAACUCUCCUAGAGCUAGUGGUAAACAAAAUAAAAAACCAGACGAGGGACGUACUGAAAAAAACUUAGCCGUAGCAAAAUAUUAUUCAACUAAACAAAAAAUACUUGAUGCUAAGUUAAAUAAUAUUUUGCUACAAAAUAAGAAAUUAGAAUUAGAGAUCAAGAAGCUAGAGUCUUAAUAUUUAGGUAUUUUAUUCUAUUUAGUUGUUAGUUUAAUAUUAAUGUUUUUUAUUACUUUUAUAUCUUUUUUAAUAUACAUAGUUAUCCUACAAUAGGGAAAGACCCCCCCAAGCUCAACUGUAAACACAUUCGCUGUACUUCCUAGGAAAUAUAAGAAUGAUUCCUAACUAUUUUUUAAACUUGUAUUUUUACUACAUACUUGUAUAUGGUAUAAGAACAAAAUAAAACUAUUAUUUUAUAA